AUUGAUGCUCAUGAUUACGAUGUGAACACAGUGAAAUUUGCUGACAACAGCUCUCAUAUUUUGUUCAGUGGUGGAGAUGAUGGAUUAUGCAAGGUGUGGGAUCGAAGAACUCUGCGAGAAGAGAGGCCACUUCCAGUAGGAACAUUGGCGGGCCACAGUGAUGGAAUCACUUACAUUGAUUCUAAGGGUGAUGCUCGCUACCUGAUAUCCAACUGCAAAGAUCAGACCAUGAAACUCUGGGAUAUACGACAGUUCUCCGACCCCGAGGGAAUAGAAGAAACCAAGCGGGCAGUGUCCACUAACCAGUGGGACUAUCGCUGGCAGCAGGUCCCCAGGAAAGCGGCCAAAAAAAAGGUCCUAAAAGGGGACUCAUCAGUGAUGACCUACAGGGGUCACUGUGUGCUCCACACCUUGAUCAGGUGUAAGUUCUUCACCGGAGGCCACCACAGGGCAGCGGUACCUCUACACUGGAUGUGCAACAGGCAGCGUUGUCAUAUAUGA